AUGGAUGAUAGUAGUGAAGAUGCGUUUCAAGAACUGGAAAAAACUUACUGCCCACCACUCGACCCCCCGUUGUUCACGGCCAUCGUGUCCGACUACGACCUUACAAAUGCAACUCAGCUUCAACAGCUUCACGAAACUCUCGAUGCCCUCAGAUUGUCCGCAUGGGAACAGGAAGACCUGCCAUUCGACCCCUCGGGAACAAGCGGUUUGAACUCUAGCAGCGGCCUCGACUCGGAUCCGAGUCUCUCCCAGGCUGACAUUCGCUCGCGCGGAACCACCGAUGCCACAAGUGAAUUCUCCGCUUUGAGUCUAAGCGACAAGAGCCGGUCGUCAUGUUUGUCGUACAUUAUCGGACCCGACGGGGCGCUUUCGCUUUCCGGGGCUUCGGAAGAAGACAAAGUGUUUUAUCUCUCGGAGAUGUUCCCGUCCACGGAGCGCUUCUCGAUUCAACAUGCGCUAAGGAAAUCGAACGGUGACGUUGAGCGGUCAAUGGAUGUUCUUCUCAAUCUUGCAUUCUUCGAUGAAGAGCCUACUACGGAAGAUGGCAUAAAACUGUCCUUACCUAAAGGCGUAGAUGGCUUUGAGAAUGAUGAGAUUGGUCGAAAGAAGAGCCGCAGGCGCAAGGGAAAAAAUAAGAGCAGCCGGAACGCAACAUCGCCAGUCAGCCCCGAUCAUGAGCUUCCGUUGUCAGAGACGAGCGGGUCCCUGAACAAGUGGGAUGCUGCGCAAAAAGACGUUGACUUUAUUUGUUCUCGGACUUCUCCCAUCCUCAAGAGAGAAACAGUCACCUCGACCUACCACGCCAAUGGAGCUUCCUUGUCUGCUGCCAUUCGGGCGUUGGCAGUCGCAAAUGGACCGAAAGAUGAAAAUGCCAUCAGUGAUCACCCGGUUAUGGUCACACAAGUUGCUGAAUUGACACAAGAAUUUCCGGCCAUGACCCCAGAACUCCUCGCGGGUUUACUGGUCAUAACAAGAAACUCCAUUUCAGCAGCGCACGAAUUGGCAGCGGCACUAGUAGCAACACCAUCACCGCCGUCAGUGGCUGAUCUGAUCAAAAUCACAACCUCACCGCCGCCGCUCGAUAUUGAUGAAGAAGUUUCCAGAGGGCGGGGCGCUGGGUCACGAUAUUCCCCUAAAUACGAACAAGUGACUGCUUCCGCAGGGUAUCAUUAUGCUGCUGGCGCAGAAGCACUCACAAAGGCGUCGGCAGCCUAUAAACGAGGGAAAUCAGACCGGCUGAUGGGAGGCGCCGCUGCAUACUAUUCAUCUCUAGGCCGCGACCAUCUCGAACGGGCGAAGAGAGAUGCUGCAGCCGCUGCCGAUGCGUUGGUUAAUUCUCAGUCGUCCUGGAACAGCCUUGAUCUCCACGGGGUCUCAGUCCAAGACGCCGUGCGCAUCACCAGCUCCCGCGUAGGACAGUGGUGGGAUUCACUCGGUGAUUCCAAGUAUAUGAGAGGUAGCGAUCGAGAAGCCGCACAAGGUGGCUAUCGCAUCAUCACAGGUAUGGGCCGGCACAGUCACGAUGGCACCUCACGUCUUGGACCAGCGGUUGGGAAGAUGUUGGCGCGCGAAGGUUGGAAGGUAGAAGUUGGCCAAGGAGUUUUGAUUGUAGUAGGAGUUGUUCGGCGACGUUGA